CGAUAACCACAUAUUAAUCCGCUCAAUGCAGUGCAUGAGACCAACAACAUCGUCCACUCGAUCUACACCAUGAUCAGCCGGCCCGUAUCUAGUUCCUAGCUGGCAGCUAUAUAGGCUACAUGGUCACGUGGUCUCAUGCUCGCCGGGGAUCAUGGCCAUUACACAAUGGCAAUUGUUCCUCCUUUUUUUUGCUUCCGCUAAUUGAAAUCUAUUACAUCAUAUCCUGAGGAGAGUCAGUCACCUAUUCAUAUUGGACACUUGACCUCGGUUGUUCGCUGUCGCUCGGUCACGCUCAAGGCAUCAUAUGGCAUGGAAGUCAGCGCCAUUCACAACCCUACUCGCCACAGGCGAUUCGGAUCAUUUGGCGAGAAGAUUGCUCGAGGGUUCAAAGGCAGUAGCAGCCACAAGAGACAGAGCUUGGAUGGUUCUCUAGCUGCUUUUCCAGCACCACCUGGGCGAAUCGUCUCUCCUCCUGGACGAGGAUUGCAGGACUUCAAAUGGGAUACGGAGAAGCCAUUGCCUCCGCCCCCACUGGAAGUCGCUGUCGAGCCGCUAGCGACCAGCCCGAGGACAUUACCGAAUAGCUCUCCUGCAGAGGAGAGGCAUGAUCAGUCCAAGACGGAUUCGAAGCCCCUACCGGUACCGGUAGAGGAUGCCGAAGAGCCCGAUGGCGGCGAGCCGAAGGCGACAGAGUCACCUAUCAUCCAUGGCUCGAAAGUGCCAAGCUCACAUGAUUCAGGAUUCAAGAGCACUGUUGCUGGACCUAGCUACUUUGACUUUUCAAGUCAGAUGCAAUCUUUGGGUCCGUCCGCUGGCGAGUCUUCAAGAAGUACCGACGUCCCAGAACCUCCCAAGCGACAGGAAUCGGAGCAUUCAGGCUCUUCCUUGAUUCUCACCUCGGAUACCCAUCUACCUUCGGAAGCCGAUUCAGCCAAGCCCCAAUAUCUCGAAGCGACGUUUCUGCUCAAUCAUCAAGUUCCCAUUCCACCCCCUUCUAUCCCACUUCCUACUGCUCCCAAGAUCUCUCCACCUGAUUUGGGGACGCCUUCAUUGGCAGCUAGAGACCUGGCGGAGAUACCAGACGAACCUGUACCCCUGAUGCACCAGCCAGAACCUGCGGCACUAGAUGAAAGUCCGACCAUUCCCUCGGAUCCUAUCGAGGCAGACCGGUCAAUCCCAUUUCAACAGCUACCAAACGCACCACAGGUAUCCGUGAAGGAUGCUUCAGCUCCUUCAUUCUUUGAGCCGGCGGCAAUUCUGGGUCAAUCGACGGGGCAUCGUGGGGAGACGGAUUCAUGAGACAGCUUCCGACAGCAAGGUCGAACGGAGCACGAACCACCAGGAAGUCUUUUGACAGGCUCGGUUCCCCUCUGCCCCAGGGCUCAGAGGAUUGAAGACUCAUAAGCUGUAUACGCAUAAUCAUACCGAUCAGUCAAUCCCCCAGCCCCAUCUACAACUAUCUACCGCAGGCUACGGUACCAUACAUGCAUUUUAAUCUUGGUCUAG